GCAUGCGCAGACUGUGUUCCUGUUGGCUAACAUUCAUGGCCUCAUAACAGACCCAUACACGGCUAACGGCAGAUUUUUACAUUUGGGUUGUGUUAAAUAAGCUCAAUUUACCAAAUAUAGAUUAGUGUGUUACCACUAAGAUUUUCAAGGAUGGAAAUCGGGACGGAGAUCAGCAAGAAAAUACGGACUGCUAUUAAAGGGAAGUUGCAGGAGCUGGGAGCUUAUGUGGAUGAGGAGCUUCCAGACUACAUCAUGGUGAUGGUGGCCAAUAAGAAGAAUGCGCAGCAGAUGGCAGAUGACCUGUCUCUGUUUUUGGGCAACAACACCAUCAAGUUCACAGUCUGGUUACACGGUGUCCUGGAGAAGCUGAGAUCCGCUGCAGUAGAGCCGUCCUCAAUGCGCCCUCAACUACUUCAUUCAGAAACCAGCACAUCUUCUCGAGAUGAGCGCAGAGGAGAGGAGUCUCGAGGUCUCGCUGUGUCCAGCUCGCGCUCCGAUAGACUAGAGGGACGAGUUUCUAGCUCUGCCCAUGAACAACACAGCAGACGUGCUUCCUCUGACAAGUCCUCCUCUCGAUUAACAUCUGCUGUAAAGCCCCUGGUCGAGCCUGUCUCUGCGGAGGCCAUCAUAGACAUCAAACCCGACCUGGACGAUGAUCUCAUCACUGAAGAAACCAUACCUUCUGGCCCACUGCGCUCUUUAGCAGGCCGCUCUGCAUCUGACAGGUCACGGCAGACUUUUUCCAGCCGCAACUCAGAAAGAAGUACAGACAGUUAUAGGUCGUCAGAAAUCUCAAGAGGUCAGGAAAGAUCGAGCUCAUCGUAUGGACGGAGCUACAGAGAUGGCGGCAGCAGGGAGGAAUUGUCACGCAAGCGGAAGGCUCCCAUGGCCAGCUCAGUGGUUCGAGUUCACAGGGGUCACGAGCGGGAUCAGGAGAGUGAUGAACUGGAAGAAGAGGACGAGGAUGAGGAGGCUUAUGGCCUCGCCAGUCGAGUUUCACUGCCAUCCAAGCCAGAGCGCAAGCCAACUUUGCCUCCUGCCAAACAGGCCAAUAAGAACUUGAUCUUGAAGGCCAUCUCUGAGGCUCAGGAGUCCAUCAACAAGACAACCGCUUCUUUCCCAAUUCCCCAGCGACAAACGGUCCCAGUGGCACCAAGGACUCGUGCAGCGAGCGAUGAGAUGAACAGAGCUGCAAUCAGAUUGGUCCAAGAGCACCUGCACGCCCUCCUUCCACAGGAAACACAACACACACAGCAGACAAGACAGAGCGCUCAGACACAGUCUCUGGCAUCUCGGCUAGAGCUGGAGAUUCCUGAGGAGGAGAGCAGAGAGCCGACCAAUGAUUUUGAGCUGCAGUUGUUUGAGGCAGCGCGUAUAAAAGCUCUGGACACUCGUUCCUUCAUCAUGAGGAAACCAGAGCUCGAGCAGGCUGUGUCAGUCCGAAACAGGCUGGGUGUUGUAACUCAUGAAGAAGCCUUGCUUUCCGCCCCACGCAUGGUACAGCCCAGAGACAAAGCUGAAACACUCGGUGGCUCCAGUCCGAAGUUCAUAGUGACGCUGGAUGGAGUACCGAGUCCACUUGCAAAUAUGGCGGAGCAGGAGAUGGAUGUUGAUGACUCCGUCCCGAACACCACGACCACUGAUCUUCCAACACGUAGACCUAAACCAGCAGUGCAGCUCAGUUUUAAUGCUGACCCCACGUCUGAUGAUGGAGAGAUGGAGCAAAUGGAUGUGGAACCUGUUCAGGCAAAACGACAGAAGGUUCCGGAACGCUGCAGGUUUUGGCCGGCAUGCAAGAGCGGAGACGAGUGCACGUACCACCAUCCCACAACACAGUGCAAGACGUUUCCCAGCUGUGUGUUUGGGGAGAAGUGCCUGUUCAUCCAUCCCAACUGCAGAUAUGACGCCAAGUGCUCCAAACCAGACUGUCCGUACACACACGUCAGUCGCAGAGGGCAUGUCCAACCAGCAAGUAAAGCACCACCUCAGUCCAGUAGUGUGUGCCGUUUCUUCCCUGACUGUAAGAAGAUGGACUGCACUUUCUACCAUCCAAAGCCAUGUAGAUUUUCUGCACACUGUAAACGAGCAGGAUGCACCUUCUACCACCCAACAGCAUCUGUCCCCCCCAGACACGCGCUGAAAUGGACUAAAACACAGACGGGUUGAAGAGACAUGCUGGAGGAUACCUUCAUCGUUGUGAACCUGAACGUUUCUCCACGGUUACAGCCAAGCCUCAGGAGUUUUCUUUCAUCAAAAAUGGUCAUCAAGGUUUUAUUUUUUGUUGUAUUUUUGGAUCAAUUUUUUAAAAAGAAGUGGGACUGCUUUUUGUAACUUACUGUAUGAAACUCUUUAGAGAAUGUUAUUAGUGAAUUAAAGAAUUCUUCCAUGGA